UGAUCUAUCUGUCGUGCAAAUACGAUUUUCUGGUAAUAACGUCUUGAAUAUCUUGAAAUAUACUAAACUCAGGUUUAAUAUUUGAUAAUGAAGAAUUAGAAUCAAUUUUUAAAUAUUAAAACAUCGUUCUCGAAAGGAAAGCUAGUAUAUAUAACUCACAGUUAAAAUUAUUAUCAUUACCUCCAGUGACAGAUUAAAAUUGGAUCGAACUGUUUUUUAAAUGUUUUCAUCGAAUUCUUUCUCGUUACGCGUUCGUAGUACCUAACUGAAUUAUUUAAGUAGUUGCGCAGGUCAGAAAAAAGGACAUUCGAAGUUCCCUCGUCCGAUCUUUGCAGUGAAAGCAUUUUCAUUUUUGCUUUGACGUUGCAAUGCGAGACGUGCCGAUUUCCGCUGCGUUACUCAAUGAUCCUAUCUAUCAAGGCAAGCAAGAUUCUCGGGGAUCAAUGUCGUUACGCGGCGGCGAUCAAAAUUUUUCCAACUCGCAAAUAAUCAUUACUUAACACUUAAUUACCUGACUAAAAUUAUUCCUCGUCACUUUCAUUACGAUCUUAAUAAUCCUAAAGCAUCUAUGAUCCCGUGUUUAUUUUCAUUUCAACUUUCCUUUUCCUUAUACAUUAAUUAGAGUUAUUGUCUUAUUUGCUACGAUAUUUCGUUUCAAUAAUUUCGUUUCUGGCACUGAAAUCUGCUCAAUGAUUACACUGCGUACAAAUACAGAUAAAAACGUAAUUUUCUGUGUAAUUUUCUCCAGCGAUAUGGUAAAAUGGUUGUUUAUUUAUAAGUUGCGAUACCGUUUUCGAAUGUUGACCUUUCACAUUGUCACGAUACGGCCAGUAGUAUCUCGACUAGAGUAAAUGAAUUUAAAAUAAAUAAGUUCAAAAAUCGUGUCAGUAUCAUACGAUCGAUUUAGAUUUACUUGCAGUUAGUCAGGCCCACUGUGUACAGACUCGUCGAGUGUUAACGCGUGGCGGAAAUAGUAUCGAAGCUUUUUAAUUUACGCCGCCCGCAAAAUUAUUUAUAGACAGCGUGUAAUCGCGUAUCGCUCGUUGCUCGUUUCAUCAUUCUCUGUUGCGUGAACGUUGCCGGAUUAGAAACCAGCAGCAGAUCAAGUGGGAAUGAAAUAAGGCCAGACACCGUAACGGAUCUAUAACCCGCUCAGCGUGCCUCUGUUAUUAUCGACGCUAGUAACCGUUAAUCUCCACAGUCCAUCGAGGAAGAUGAUAAUUCGACCAAGGAUGAUUUUUGACUGCUAAUUACGUAACUCGUUGUUAAUCGGACUAAAAGUGAUUACCAGUGAAUCUGAUAGUGAUCACCAGACAGAUAUAUGAUCAACGAGUGAUCAAUUUGAAAUUUCAUUUUGAAAUCUUGAGACUAUACUCUAAACGAAGAAUCAUUGUGACAGUGAAAUGAAGAACCAGAAGAAUUUGAACAACUCUAUUGGGCCCACCGAAACGACCCGACUGAGGUCGAAAUUGGAAAACUUCGACGACGUUCUGCCAUAUGUCGGGGAUUAUGGAAGAUACCAGUGGUUGCUACUACUCUCGUUGCUGCCUUACGGCACAACAUACGCGUUCCUAUAUUUCUCGCAAUUUUUCAUUACGAUCAUUCCUGCGGAACACUGGUGCAGGAUCGACGAACUAGUAAAUUCGAAUUUCACCCAGGAAGAGAGGAUCAAAAUAGGGAUUCCACGAACGAACGAUUAUCCGUAUUAUAACCAGUGUAACCGGAAGGACCUAAACUUUGCGGAGAUCCUGCGGAGUGGCGAGGAUUUACGCUCAUUGGAGUUCCAAACGAACAAAACAGUGGAAUGUACUCGGUGGGAGUACAAUUUCACGCAGAUUCCAUACCCUAGUAUAGGAACUGAGCUAGAUUGGGUAUGCGACCGAGAAUACCUCGUAUCGACGGCGCAGGCCAUCUUCUUCUGCGGGUCCAUCGUCGGUGGUUUCCUAGUCGGCUGGAUCGCCGAUCACAAGGGCCGUAUCCCGGCUCUGAUGUUCUGCAACAGUAUCGCCCUUCUCUCGUCAAUCGUCACUGCCAGCGCCAACAGUUUUUGGUCGUUCGCCGUUUGUAGAUUUCUCACCGGACUGGCGUUCGACAACUGCAUCAACAUCCCUCUGAUUAUCGUGCUCGAAUAUAUGGCCGUCUCGAAACGAACGUUAGUCGUCAACGUCGCGUUUGGCAUAUAUUUCGCGGUGGCUAGCACCAUUUUACCAUGGAUGGCAUACUACAUCGCCAACUGGCGAUAUUUCACUUACGUCACCGCCGUGCCGCUGUUAUCAGUCGUUAUUACGCCAUGGAUCCUGCCCGAGAGUGCCCGAUGGUACGUUUCCAACGGGAUGAUGGACAAGGUUGUCGAGAAACUCCGCAGAAUAGCCAGGAUCAAUCGUAGAAGUCCGGACCCGCGUAUUUACGAUGCAUUCGUCAGCAAUCUGGAGGCAUCGGACAAAAUCCAAGAAUCAGCCACGGUGUUCGAUCUGUUCAAAACGCCACGUCUGGCCAGAAACACUGUCCUUUUGAUCGCAUUCUGGUGCUUCAUCGUGAUCUCGUUCGACGGCCACGUGUAUUCAUUAAAACUUAUCCAGAGCUCGGUGUUUGUGUCGUUCUCGAUCGCCUGCGCCACAGAACUUCCGGCUGGAUUAUUGCUCACCCUGUUUCUGGACCGGUGGGGCCGUAGAUUCUGCGGAUUUCUCACUCUGGCGAUGACUUUUAUGCUCAGUAUCGCCGAACUCCUACUCCGUUCCGUGACGGCCAAAUUAGUAAUGUCAGUGCUGUCGCGAUUUUGCCUGAACAUGGUAGCCAACAUUGCUCUUCAGUAUGCAGCAGAGCUCCUCCCUACGCCAGUCAGAUCGCAAGGAGUGUCUUUGAUUCAUAUUUUUGGAAUAGUGGCGCAUUGCUUGGCGCCGUAUAUCACCGACUCGGCUGCAAUUUGGGAAGGAUUUCCAAUGUUGAUAAUCAGCGCAGCGUCCUUCCUUGGCGCGGCGAUUGUUUUGUUCCUACCGGAAACCAUGGGUCAGAAUCUUCCCCAGACCAUCAAGCAAGGCGAAGAAUUCGGAAGAGAGCAACGUUUCUGGUCGUUGCCUUGCUGUCACAAAUCACCCUUCAAUGGGCAUCAACAUUAUCAUUCCUGCGAGCGAUAAUCUAAUCUAAUUUUCAAUAACAAUUUCACUGAUAAAACACGGUGGGAAGAAAAGGAGAAACGAGGAAAGAGUCGUGUGUUCGUUUCAAAGUUAGAAUUAUGACGGAUUAGUCUGAUGAUUUUUGUGCGAGAGAGACGAACCUACUUUUGCAUCCUACUGCGUUAAUCUUUACUUUUAUUACUAUUUAGCGUUUAAACGUUUCUAAACUUUAGCUCCAAGCAAGAGCGUGCCUAGAAAUUGUGUUCCUACGUAAUUUUUACCGUUUAUCCAUUUACUUUAAGAGCUUUCGCAACUUUAAUGUUUAGUUUAACAUUACGUACGUAAAUAUAAUUGAAAAUGUUUCUUUCAAGUUCUUUUAAAUCUUCUAGGACAGUGCGUUUAAUUUUUUUUUUUUUUUGUUUCUUCUUUUCAUUGAGAGAAAAAGAUGUUUUAAACGACUAUUUAUACAUGUACUAUUUUAAAGACCGCGGGAAUUCUCUUUCUUUCAGAAUACUUUCUUUACAUAUCAAAUCGUAUAAUAUAUCAACGAAAAAAAGUUUUGAAGUUAUUAUUAUAGUCUUAGUAGUAGCAACUGCUGUAUUUAUUUAUCCAAAGCUAGUUUAUGCAUUUCUGAACGACUGUUUUUAUAUAUUUAAGAGG